AGUUCUCCGGCGGGGGGCGGGGCGGGGCGCCGGGAGCGGAAGUGCCGCAGCGGCCGUAAGGAGGGGCCCCGGGUUCGGCUGCUGACUCCUGCGGCGGCUCCUCUCUGGCUCCGCGCACCAUGGGCACCCGCGACGACGAGUACGACUAUCUCUUCAAAGUUGUACUUAUCGGAGACUCCGGUGUGGGCAAGAGUAACCUCCUUUCUCGCUUCACGCGCAAUGAGUUUAACUUAGAGAGCAAAAGCACGAUUGGAGUGGAAUUCGCAACCAGGAGCAUUCAAGUCGACGGCAAGACGAUAAAGGCUCAGAUAUGGGACACAGCAGGACAGGAACGGUACCGAGCUAUAACAUCAGCGUACUACCGUGGGGCUGUUGGGGCUUUGUUGGUUUAUGACAUUGCCAAGCACCUUACCUAUGAAAACGUGGAGCGAUGGUUGAAAGAAUUGAGAGACCACGCUGACAGUAACAUCGUCAUUAUGUUGGUGGGUAAUAAGAGUGAUUUGCGUCACCUUCGUGCAGUCCCUACGGAUGAGGCCAGAGCUUUUGCAGAAAAGAACGGCUUAUCAUUUAUUGAGACAUCUGCUUUAGACUCUACGAAUGUGGAAGCUGCUUUCCAGACUAUUCUGACAGAGAUCUAUCGUAUUGUUUCUCAAAAGCAAAUGUCAGACAGACGUGAAAAUGAUAUGUCUCCAAGCAACAAUGUGGUUCCCAUCCAUGUCCCACCAACCACUGAAAACAAACCAAAGAUGCAGUGCUGUCAGAAUAUAUAAUUGUUUCUUCUUUCCUAAAAGGCUGUGUAUAUUCCCCAGGUCCAAGAUUUAAAUAUAUUUGUAAUUCUUGUGGUUAAGUCUUUGUGUUCAAUUACUUCCUCUUAUUAUUCCUUCUGAUCUUUUUCAUGUCUUAACACUUUGAUUUUAGUGUUAAAAUCAUUAUUGCUUCCAUAUGGCUGCAGCAUAUUCAUAACUCUGACUCACCAGUCUUGGUUUAAUAAAUUGUUUGAAAUUCUAAUAGAUUACUUUCCAACUUGAUGACCACUAGUUGGGUUACUAGAAUGUCAUUUUGUAAUCAAGCUCAGAAAUGUUAAUUCUAACCUUCCCAAAACAUUACUGUCAAUGUUAAUGAACAUCUCUGGGCUAUUUAAACUAGAUCAUCUUUCCUAACUCCAGCUGUUAUAUCUAGCAUCCAAAAAUUGCUUAUGAAUCACCCAUUGCUCUUAAAUGCGAUUUUACAGUAAAGCUAAAUGUUUUGGUUACAUCUUGAGGUGGUCAAGGUAUGUGGAUUUUUAUUACUAAAUAUUAGGGCAAAAACUAUUCUUGUUUUGCAUCUAAGCUGGAGACUUCACUAUGUGCAAUGGUGCUCUUGAGUUCUAAUUGUGCAAAUGAGGUCAUCAUGGUAGGAGGCUGAAAUGGGAGAUACUAGUGGGAGCUCAUUCAAGGUGCCUCUUGUGAAAUAAGACAAAGCAACAUGAGCUAAGUAACGGAUUCACUUUUCUCUCUUAAUAUUGGGACUUGCAUCACUUUGUGUUGCCCAGGAACUGGACUCGAUGGUGCUGGCAGUAUCAGAGGAUGAGAAAGUUCUUCCUUUCCACAAUGAGUAGAAACUUGAGGGAUAUUGUAUCAUGUAUCCAUAGUUUAUUUAUAUUUGCAAAUGCUUAAUGCUGGGGUCACCAACUUCCAUGAUGUCUAAAGAAUUUAUAAAGGACCCCUGCAACAGUGGCUCCACUCCAUUGGAAGCAUUGGUUAGUAUAAUCUGGAAUAGUUUCCUUAUUGAAAGUGUGUGUGGCUAAUAGACUGAUUUCAGUACAAGUCAGUCAGCAGUUGACAUAGACUGUUGAGGGAUGAUAAGGUUGUGAAUUGUGCCUUCUGUCACUACACUUUCAAAAGUACUGCAGAAUACUCUCUCAUCUCCAAACUGUCCACUAAAUGGCUUGAGUGAUUGGCACUUAAACUCCUACAGUAUUUAAAAAGCUAUGAAAAACUGUUGGAGCAGGGUGGGUGGGAGGAAAGACAUUCCUCAGACACUGAUACAAUCAACCUAGAACAUCGGUGUGUGGGCAUGCACAAAUUGCUGCAUUGAUUAGCCAACCUUUCGGUCUUGCGGUGCUCAUGAUGUGUAAGGCACACGGAAGGCAUUGCUGUAGUCAGUCUUUUUUUUUUUAAUCCAUUUCUCCUAUUUGUGUUUCUGUUCUGAAGAUGCUAUUGGAUCUGUUUGUAAAUUACUUUGUAUUUUAUGCACGUUCUGUAACUUUUUUUUUUUAAAGAUUGGUUUAAAAUAGUCAUUCAUGAUAAUAAAGAAUUACAGGGGACAAUUCCA